AUCUGAUAAGCGAGAGUUAUAAAAUUUUGUUGGAAUUUUCUGUCCCCACGGCACCAGAAGCCCUCACCAAGCCACGGGGGGUCAUCAACCGCUGCAUUUCGCCGGGAUCGACAGUGGGUUUCGUGGGUCUGAAGAAGAGGGCAAGUUGGGAUCUGGAUGAUCAGCUGCUUUACAAUUGAUGUGUGACAAUGAGGUGAACUAAAGCUCAACCUUGAAAGGGCACAGAAAGAGGAGCAUCAGGCAAAACAAGACUCAGAACUUGCCAAGCACAGGGUGGAAGAGAUUGAGCUAGUGUUGCAGCCAAGACACAGCUUAAGGUGGGCCAGGUGGCUAAAGCCCGGCAUAUAGCUGCAGUGCAACUUAUGUGGAAUUCCUGCUAAGGUGCUGUGUUAGUUUCUCUGGUAUUGUUGGCUGUCUGUCUGGUCUUGGUUUUUGAGCUGUGGUGAAUCUCUGGGGUUGUUUCUUGUAACAGUUUGUUUAGCAGCAAUAUUUCAGGAUUUAUAAUUCUCAAAUGUUGGCACAUUUAUGGUCGAAUGACACAUUUAUGGCCGAAUGAGUUUUGCCACUUGUGGAUGGGUAUGCUGGUUGCCCGUCAUAGAACCAAUGAUGGAGUUUAGAGCAUUGAUCUCAGAAGCUCUUGGUAGCCAGCGCUGUUCCUCUUCAUGACAGUUAAAAUGGGUUUUGACGGAACAAUGGAAGCAAAAAAGAGGCUGGAUACCCUCACCUUCAAAGUUGGGUCUCUGCCCACCAUAAUGUACAUUCCUGACUUCAUAACCGAGACGGAACAAACCGUGCUCCUAAAUAAUGUUCAUGGAGCCCCUGUAUCAAAGUGGAAAUGUUUGAAGAACAGGAGGCUGCAGAAUUGGGGAGGUGUUGUCCAUGAAAAGGGUCUUCUACCACAAGAUUUGCCUCCUUGGCUAACAAGGAUUACAGAAAAGAUAUGUGAAGAAUCAGGGUUAUUCCCCUCAUCAAUUAAUCAUGUUCUUAUCAAUGAAUACCUUCCUAACCAAGGCAUAAUGCCACACCAGGAUGGGCCUGCAUACUUUCCUGUCGUAGCAAUUCUGUCACUAGGGUCACCUGUUGUAAUGAACUUUACUCCCCAUUCAAGAUUGAGACUAUGCACAAAAGAUGCUGAGGAUAACAAUUCUGAUGGAGGAACUUCUGAAAUUGAGAAAGAUAAAUGGUUACAUGAUCACCGCCCUUUUUCUGUCCUAUUGAUGCCUCGUAGUCUACUGAUAUUCAAGGAUAACGCAUACUCAGAUUACUUGCAUGGAAUAGAAGAUAGUGAAGUGCAGCAAUAUGAUGGGGCUGUAAAUGAAAUUGAAGCUCUCAAACAUUCUGUACAAGAUCAGCCCCAAUUAGAGUUAGAGGAAGGUGUCCAAGAUUAUAAGGCCAUCCGUAGAACUACAAACAGAAUUUCAUUGACAUGUCGAUUAGUGUUGAAGGUUCACAAAAAAUUGUUCAAGUUUUAGAAUUUUCUCUUGAAUAUGGAGUUUCUGUCAUGUAAUUCAAGGUGAAAGUGCAACCUGUAAGUUUUUCUUCUGUAAGAGCUUCUUAUGAUGAUCUAAUUAUUUGGAUAGAUAUGGCAGGCUUUUGAGGAAUAUUUUUAUUUCAUUGUUAACAAUAAUAGUAGAAGGCUUAUGAAAGCUAUUUGGCCCCCUUGGCCCUUACUAUAA